CGGGGCGGGACCGAGAGGGCUUCUCCCGGUCUCUCUCUCUCUCUCUCUCUCUGUGGUCACAGUCACUCACAGGCUGGAAAGCGAGACCCAGACGCCGGCGAAGGAGAAGCCAUGGCCAGCGAGGCCCCGCCGCACGAGGCCGUGCAGACGGCGGAGACUCCGAGGCUUAUGAAACUAAAGGCAGCAUUUAUAACUAAAUAUGGUGCGCCGCCUUCAUUUUACAUACGGGCCCCUGGACGAGUCAAUUUAAUUGGUGAGCAUAUUGAUUACUGUGGAUAUGCUGUUCUUCCAAUGGCUUUAGAGCAAGAUAUCUUGGCAGCUGUUUCACCAACGCAAACAGAAAUUAUCCGGCUGGCAAACACUAACCCUGUGUACCUGGAUUAUAAUGUUCAUAUAAAAAAGAUCCAUAUUGACAGAACAAACCCUCAGUGGCAUUACUACUUUCUUUGUGGAUUUAAAGGAAUCCAGGAACACUUCAAUCUCAUCACCCCUUGUGGAAUGAACUGCAUGCUUGAUGGCACUAUCCCAGCCAGUUCAGGACUCUCCAGUUCCAGUGCAAUGGUUUGCUGUGCAGGUCUCAUCACUACCGUUGUCAAUCAGAAGGCCCUUUCCAAGGUGGAGCUGGCAGAGAUCUGUGCUAAAUGUGAACGUUACAUCGGGACCGAGGGAGGCGGUAUGGACCAAUCCAUCUCGUUCCUUGCGGAAAAGGGAACUGCCAAGUUAAUAGAAUUCAACCCACUCCGAGCCACUGAUGUGACACUUCCAAGUGGAGCCGUAUUUGUGAUUGCAAACAGUUGUGUAGAAAUGAAUAAAGCUGCAACAGCUCAUUUCAAUAUCCGAGUUGUGGAGUGUCGACUUGCAGCAAAGAUCCUUGCGAAGUCAAAAGGCCUUAAGUGGAAGAAGUUGAUAAAACUGCGAGAUGUGCAGACGGAGCUCGGACUGAGUCUGGAGGAGAUGCUGUCAGCUGUGGAGGAGGUGCUGCAUCCAGAACCCUACAGCAGCGAAGAAGUCUGUCAGUACCUCGGGAUUAAUCAAAAGGAGCUGGUGACCAGCAUUCUCAGCCAGAACACACAAGACGUGACCUCCUUCAAGCUGCACCAGCGAGCAAAGCACGUAUACAGUGAGGCCGCACGGGUUUUAAAGUUCAAGAACAUUUGCGAUCACACACCUGAGAACGCAGUACAACUGGUGGGCAAACUAAUGCAUCAAAGCCAUGUCAGCUGCAAAGAUCUGUACCAGUGCAGCUGUCCUGAACUUGAUCAGCUGGUGGACAUCUGUAUGCAAUCUGGUGCUAUUGGCUGCCGGCUAACUGGUGCAGGGUGGGGAGGCUGCACUGUGUCAAUGGUACCCACUGACAAGCUGGAACAUUUCCUGGCAAAGGUACAAGAAGCCUUUUACAAAACUGAUGCUCAAAGAGCAGCUCUGCAGAAACAAAACCUGUUUGCUACCCAACCUGGAGGAGGAGCCACAGUUUAUCACGAAGCCUAAAGAAUGUGCCCUUAUGAGAGAAGCAAGAUACGUGGGAACAAGGAAGUCUCUUUUCUUUCUGUUAUUUUUGACACAAAGCUAAUCUCUUUAUUGUUUGCUGCUUUGUAGUAUAGUUAUUGAGAUACAAUUGGUGAAACUCUUUGAAAAGAAGCUUACAUUUUUUGCAAGAAUGUAGAGGUGUUCAUAAUACGCUUUGUGUCCCUCAGUCUGAGGCCAGUGCUCAAAAAUAUCAUUGUUAUGAAGUAUCGCCAAAGUGUUAAAUUACCAGAUUUAUCAUUUUAAUCUAUCGUUAUCUUGCACAAGAGCACAUUUUGUAACCUUUUAUACAUGGUGUCAAAUGUUUCCAAAGAAUGCACAGCCCGCACGUCUUUCAAUACUUCCAGGUAUACCAUGUCAUUCAAACCAUGUUAAAUGGUAACUUACCUAUUUGCUUAAUACUUAGUCCUAGGUAAGUUAGUCCUCAGUUACAAAUCGAAUGAUAAAAGGUGCAGUUUAUUUGGAAUACAUUUAAGGAAAUGCCCCAAAUCAAAUCUUUCUUUGCUUUCUUGUGAUCAGAUUUGCAGUUCAACUACAAGGCUGCUGAAAUUUAAACCACACAAUUUUAUACUUGUUUUCGUGUUUGAAUUUUCAUCUCUUCGUCUCUCUCGUCCUCAUCCUUUUCUAUUCGUCACUGGAUACAGUUAGAUAGUCCUAAUGAAGAUCAAGAUGGUGUUGAAAAUAUUCAUGUUGAUGCAAAAUCGAUGUAACAUUUGCUUACAAUGUACCUUGAAGUCUAAAAUAUUUUACUAGAAGAUGCAAAGAUGUUUCUAACCAUGAAUGCAUUUCACAAUUGUUUCUAAGAAAGGAGCGAAAUCUUCAGCCUGCUGAUAAAACAUAGUGAUAGUGGUGAUGGGGGAGGGGGGCACGGGGCAGGGAAAAUGGAGAACAAUUGAUGAUGAUUGUCCAGAAAUAGAAAAUUAGCUAAUGUGGACAAAAUAUAAUCACUUUGACUUGUAAAUGUGAGGCUUCAUCUUACUCAAGGUGUGGUGUGGCAUGGGGGUGGGCGGGUGAUGUAAGUUUUAUCUGGUGCUCACAUCUUAUUCAUUAACCAAAAUAAAUUGCUGGAAAAUUAUGGUCGUAGACUAUGCCUCAUGUGCAAGCCUAGUGCAAAAUAUUCAGAUAAUUGUCUUUCAUUCCUUAACAUGCAAUUUGUAUUUUAUAAUAAUCAUUUUCAGGAUAAUCAUGGCAUUGGAAUCUGUUCACUGUAUUCAAAUUCCUAAAGUGCACAGCAGUAAUACAAACAAUGUCUAAUGAAGCUAAUUUUAAUUAUUUCUAAUUCACCCUAUUUUCUUAUGUAGCUAAUACUAUAUGUGCUCAAUAAAAAAUUUUUUGUGAAGCA